ACGACGUUUUAUUAAUCAGCUGUAAAGUAGCUCUCUUUCAGUGCUUUGUUGUUACUGUUACGAAGUGUAGUUGCAUUGAUAGUUAUUAUCGUGCUCGUGUUCUCUGUUACGUACUUACCUUCUUUUAUUACUAGACGAUGUUUUUGUUUUCCACCCCUUUGAUAUGACCUAGAAUUAUGUCAGCUGGUUGUUAUCAGCAAACGAUGAUCGCCUCGAUCGUUUGGAAAACUGCACCAUCCAGUUAGUGAAGUGUGUUCUGCGUCAUUCAUAUCCAGGAAGUGAAAGCAAUUUUUUUCCGAAUACCUAGUUUUUGGGUUUUAUAUCAAAAGAAUUCGGCGGUAUGGAAUUCAGAAGUAGCAAUAGCCAUAGACCCCUUCUGCUGCAGCAGCAGGACGAUGAGGAUGAUGACAGCGGAGUGUCGUUUGUUGAUGAUAGCACCUAUGCGGGUUCCAUCAAUGCUGGUUCGGUGAAUAACAUUCCCCCGACGGCGACAGCCGGAACAAAAAGCACUACCAGAGCCAGAAGAGCAGAAGAUGGCAGCCUGCGGAUUGCCCCCAUAGAUAAGUACAACUUUACCUACGCAGUAUUUUAUUUGCUUGGAAUGACUACGUUGCUACCGUGGAACUUUUUCGUCACUGCCGAAGAGUACUGGCAAAACAAAUUCCGCAACAUAUCGAGUAACGACUCGACAGUACUCACGCCGCGCCAGCUCGAGUUCCAGUCUGAUCUCAGCAUAGCAGCAUCGGUGCCGAGCACUUUGUUUCUGGUGCUAAAUGCUUGUUUUGGUCAUCGCAUUCCGCUUGCGAUACGAAUGGCCGGCUCACUCGUUAUGAUGUUUUUGAUCUUCAUCUGGACAACGGCACUUACCCAGGUCGAUACGGACCAAUGGCAGGAUGCGUUCUUCCACAUCACCCUCGUUUCGGUGGUCGUUGUUAACGCCUUUUCCGCCAUCAUGUCCGGCGCAUUGUUCGGCAUAGCCGGUCAGUUCACCUCCGACUACAUGACGGCAGUAGUCAGCGGUCAGUCACUGGGCGGAAUAUUCACCGCCCUCGUUGACAUUAUUGCGCUUACAUUCGGCGCACCACCGACGAUAACGGCUUUUGUCUUCUUCAUCGUUGGAACACUGAUGCUGUUACUUUCCCUUGUGCUGUACAUCGUAAUGUCCAAAACAUUAUUUUUUAAAUACUACAUCUCAUCACGGGCGUUAAUGAAGAACUUGCCGGACGUGGACGAAAUGUCCAGAGAGCUGCUACCGCGACAGAGUCCGACCUUUUUUGGAGUGCUCCGAAAAAUAUGGCUGUUUGGGUUCGCCGAAUGGUUGAUGUUUGUCACCACCUUGUCCAUCUAUCCUGCCGUGACGAUCUUGGUAGGAUCGCAGAAUCAGAGCCAUCCAUGGCACGAUGUGUACUUUUUGCCAGUUGUAAAUUAUCUACUUUUUAACACGGGUGACUACAUCGGUAGAGUAUGUGCUGGAAUUUUCGAAUGGCCCUCCCAGAGACCGUUUUUGAUCAGCAUUCUGUCCAUCGCUCGAAUCGGCUUUGUACCGAUCAUGCUACUGUGCAACAUUAUUCCGCAUCACAGCUUCCCAGUACUAAUCCACUCGGACUACAUUUUUAUUGCGCUGAUGGCGGGGUUCGCGCUAUCAAACGGAUACAUUACCAACAUUGCGCUGAUCGGUGCACCAAAGGCUGUAGAGCAACCGGAAAAAGAGCUUGCAUCCUCGAUGAUGGCUGCAUUUUUAGGCGUUGGACUUGCAUGUGGAUCGACAGUUAGUUUUAUGAUCAUUGAGAUGAUUAAAUGAAUUUUUAGUAAAGACACUCAUGCAUUCGACAUUUAAGCGACCGUAAAGGAACGUUUAAAAGACAGAACUUGCUUCGUAACGCCCGCAUUAGCUAUAUUAGAGUGUAAAGUAGGAUUUAAUGCGUAGAAAGUGGGCUAAAGUCCUUCAGCAUAAGACUCGCUUAAAAAGUUUUCCCCGAAAUAGUCUAUAAGGAUGGACCUUGAGUAUAAAACCGGUUGAAGAUUUAAAGUCUACUAGAAUCUUUUAUAAAAAGCCGGCUAAAUUUAUGCUGAAGGUUGUUCAACCAGCUGUGACAUCGCAGAGCUCCAGUCUGUUUAUAUUUUAAUAUAUUUAAUGCUAGAUUUACGAAGCACGGUCAGGUCUCCCGACAUUUAUUUUCGGUCGCUCAUUUAAGGGUAAGUCAAACACUGACAGAUCUGCGAUAUUGGUAUUAAGAUAUUAAUCAAAUAGUGGGAAACAGUUAUCGGUAGAUAUAUAUUAAACUUGACAAAGACUAUGUUGUUCGCUCUUUGAUAACUAUUUUGAGUUUUAACAUAUUGAACUAGCCAAUUGACACUAAAACAGUACCUAUGUAGCUACAUACAUAACCAAAUACAUACAAAACAAAACUUCAAGAA